AGCACACUCAGACCUUGUUCACGGCUAUGUAUAUAUAAAGGGAGUCGGUGAGAGCCGCUUUUCAAGUCAGGUUGGCUCGCGGCUCGCGAGUUACCGGUUGCGAGUUGGGGGGAAAAUGGUGGAGGAGCAUGAAGAGGGUGGGGCCGAGGAGCUAGAGUGCGGCAUCUGCUGCAUGCCUUACGACCGCUGCGGACGAGCGCCGCGCCGCCUCGGGGGCGCGCACGGCUCUUGGAAACCCUCCCGCUGCCGCCACGUGCUGUGCAGCGCCUGCGUGUGCCAGCUUGCGCGCGAGGGGUGGUGGGAGGAAGUCACGUGCCCCUACUGCCGGGCCGUGACGUCGCUGCGCGAGCGGGGCAACUUCCUGGUGGCCGGCGUGCGGCGCGGCAGCAACAGCCUAGUCCGCGGGGUGGGCGGAGCCCGCCGCCGCCUGGUCCUGCCGCCCAUCGACACCGAGCUCUGGCAGCGGGUGGUCCGCGCCGAGAGGGCUGCGGAGGCGCCGGACGGCCAUGGCGACUGCGGCGGCAGCUGCGCGUUCGAGCACGAAGAGGACGACAACAACGAGGCGCGCCCGGGGAGCUUCUGGAGGGCCCUGAAAAGGCUGCUGAAGGGAGGCGCGCAUGCGCCUGCCGGCAGGGGGCGGAACCGUGCGAGGAGUCGGUCUCUGCCCCCUCGGCGGAGACAGCCAAUCAACCCCUACGACACUGAGAUAAAGGACUUGGCACUCAUGACCUGCUACAUCAUCUGAAGAGUGUGUGGCUGGCUUGAACCAACAAACUUGACAAUAUGCUACACUGGAAGAAUGUAGCUGGCUUUUCCACCUGUGAGCUUUGGUGAAGCUACUCCUUGACUACACAUGGGUAGUCUUUCCAUCUGCAGCGUGCAGAUGAGGACAGAGAUUGAAGCACUCUCCGUUCUGGUUAGCACCCAAGAGCGUUCCUCCAUGCUGCUGUGGAAGUUGCUGCCCCUCAUUAAGCAAUGGCAAACCGCACAGACAAAUGACCCAAGAAGAGCUGCAGACAUUCUUUCAUCCUGUGGCCCGUGGCUUCUCACGCUAUGUGAAACACCUCCAAUGACCAGAGAGAGAUGCCAAGGAUGGCAUGUUGGGUCAUAGAUGAGAUGCAAGAUGGCUCCCCUUCCAGGCUAAAUCAGCAGUACCUGCACACGUGCUGUUUAGCCCAGUUCUCCAUCUUCCGUCUUCUGGAAAGCAGAGAGAGGGAGGGACCCAUAUAGGAGGCCAUUUUCUGAAAGUCCCUUCCCACACUCAGCCUGGAAAAACAGACAAAUGUGAUUUGAGACCAUAUGGCUAGCAAAGCUGCAUUAUGGUCAGUGCUUGAAGAUAAUUUAACCUUUCCACUGUAAACAUUUUUUAAAAACUUGAUUUGGAGCAGAAAGAAAUUGAAUUACUACUAUCUCUUUGGGUAUAUAUUCUGUCUUCAAAUCUUCUAGGCUGAAAAGCGUGUUGUGUUAAUUGGCAUUCUUCCUACUGUCUGAGAAAGUAAACAAAACUUAAAUUUCUUUAAAUGGCUUCCUCUGAGAUUUUUUUAAAUCUUUGGCACAUAAUCCAGUUCAUAAUGAAGAAGGCUGUUUCUGUUGCAACACACACUUUUGAAACUAAAUUAAGCUAUUCUGGUUUUUCAGAGGAACAGAUGUAGUAAGAGUAGUUGAUUUGGCAAAGGUUACACAGGAACUUGAGGUUCUUGAGUUUCCAGGCUAAAUGCAGGCUUGAAACAGCUCUAAAUCCUUUGUGACACUUGGUUUGGUCCAUGCCUUUUCUUAAUACCACCAUUUUGAUGUAUUUAUUGCAUACUGCAGGAUGGAUUCUGUGGGCUGUGUUUGGAAAUCCUGUAUGUGAAUAAAACCCAUUAGGAGACUACAUGCUGCUGAUUUAUUGGUGUUUUUUUAAAAAAUAAAAGAAGCAUUUCUGUGAAAUGUGAGAUAAUUAAUAUUUUUGUUCUUGUGUUUUUCCCAGUUUCUUCAUGUUCUGGCAAUUGUAACUUAUUUAAUUUUAAUAAAAACCUAAGAUUUGAAAUGCUCAA